AUUUUUACUAGCACGAAUUUUGGAUUUCGUUGUUCAUUCCUCUGCACCUCAUUUGUUUUUAUGUGUCUUCAAAGUUACCUCGCACUCUCAAAAUUUUUUAUUAUCAUUUUUGUGGAAUAUCAAUCAUGAGAACCAUAAAAAUUACACCUUUACGGCUGAUAUCUACUAGCUCUACUUUUCGAAACCGGUUAUCUGAACAUAUCGAACAGUUCAAAAAAUGUAAUCCAGUAAAAAGAUCAACAGUUGAUCCUGCAACAGUAGAGUUUCAUUCUAAAAUGAGCAGUAGAUGGUGGGACACUAAUGGUGAAAUGUAUGCUUUGCAUUCGUUGAACCCUAUUAGAGUACAAUUUGUUCGAGAUGGUCUAGCAAAUACAGGAUUCGAAAUAAAAUGUCCUCAUUUGCCAUUAGAAGGGAUUAAAAUAUUGGAUGUUGGUUGCGGUGGAGGAAUAUAUUCGGAAUCUUUAGCUAGAACAGGAGCAAACGUGACUGGGAUUGAUGUUUCUUCAGAGUUAAUAACAAUUGCAAAAGGGCAUGCUGCUUUGGAUCCUAGUUUAGAUGGAAAAUUAAACUAUGUUCAGACAACUAUUGAAGAUUUUGCAUUGAUUAAUAAAGGAGUAUUCGAUGCUGUUGUUGCUUCAGAAGUUAUAGAACAUGUAAAUAACAAGGAAUUGUUUUUAAAGUAUUGUGUAACUACUUUAAAAUCUGGAGGAUCGAUAUUCCUUACAACUUUGAAUAAAACGUUGUCUUCGUGGCUUGGAGGCAUAAUCACGGCUGAACAUAUUUUAAAGUUAACACCAAAGGGCACCCAUGACUGGAAUAAAUUUGUCACUCCUGCCGAAAUGCAGUCCAUAUUAGAAACAUAUGGUUGCAAGACAAAAUUGAUUCAUGGACUACUUUACAAUCCUUUGAAAAGAGAGUGGUCUUGGAGGGCCUCAACAGCAAUAAAUUAUGCACUUCACGCGGUAAAGAGAAAAGAAGAGAAAUAAAUGUCAUAUGAUAUUC